CAAUUGUAUCGCAGCGCUCAGCUGUGACAGACAGACGCUUUUGGUGUUUCCGCUGUUUUGGUGUGUGACGUUUACCACGUCAAAAAAGUAGUCUCUCGUGUUUCUGCUAAGAUAGUGGAAUAAUAUUUUCGUGUGCGAGCACUUUUCUCUAUAAAUCACUGUGUGAUUUACCUCAGAGGUACACUCGUGAGUCACGUGAAUUAAUGUGUCACGCGUUGAAAGUGAUUUUUAAAGAUAUUUCACAUUAAAAUAGUCAAUUUUGCUGAUUCAGUGUUGGGAUUUUCAAGUGCUAAACCUGGAUGAUAUUCCUAUCGUUGUGACUUCUUGAAAAUUCCCAUGGAAAAUUGAUACUGGAUGUGCGUCAAAUUCAGAUUAUCUUGUUGAGGAUGUUGAAUUGUCUGAAAUUGGUGCAAUUGAUGGAUAUAGUGUAAAUUAGACUUUCUGCUUCCCUGAUAGCUGAUAGUGUAUUUCUUGUGGAUUUUCUUGAUUUGCUGGUGUCUAAGUGCUGAGGAAGAGAUUUUUUAGAGGUGUUUUUGUUCAGUUUUGUUAGUUUGAGAAGGAAUCAGGGUUGUCUCUACCGGAAAUUACAAGGAUGGAUCCAACCGGCGGCCGCGAUUCGCGGUACAAUCUCAACUAUAGCAUGAGUAUGCUGGGGGAUAGUGGUGAAAUCUAUGGAAAUCCGAAUGUAACCCUCGCAAGACCCCCAAGUGGCGGAGCACUGGGCCAAGUGAUGAGUCGCGGUGGUGGCCUAAUCAACUCAAAUGCACAGUGUGGGUCUCUCAGUCGUGGCCUCAAACGAACUAAUUCAGAGUGUUUUGAUGAACGCGCCAUGGGGUCUCAGACGAUGGGUAUGGAUGGAUGUCCGGGUGCUGUUCAGGAUGUUGUCGAUGAGGGAUUCACAUCGUUGCAGCAAAAGAAAUCACCCCCGAGCAAUGGGAAGAAGACAAAGGGACGUGUCAAGAUAAAGAUGGAAUAUAUUGAUAAUAAAUUGAGGCGCUACACAACAUUUUCCAAAAGGAAAACUGGUAUAAUGAAGAAG